CAGCGGAUCGUGAGUGCACAGACCCUGCUUGAAGAUGAUAUUGAGUGAACUGCCCAUUGAUUCCUGGGAGUUUCGCCACAGAUACCUGCUGCCCGUUUUUAAAAACACACACACAUGCACAAAAAAAUGUAUAUUACGUGUAAAGUGAUCGAAUACGGACUCUGCAUUCAAACUGGGGAAGUCUGCUCAAUUCAGUGCUCUCUUUCACUGCUAAGCAUUCCCAUGGUGUCACUUUAUUUAUUGUACCAGUUUGCUGAGAUGUAUUUUGAUACUAAAGCGAUAAAAAGACUGCGCAGGUAUUUCUGUAUCAUGUUGAAUGUCAUCAUUUGUGUUUGUCUCUGUUCAGUUCUGCCAGGAAAGUAGCCCUGUGCACACCUGCAGGUCUUUGUGAGCAUGAGGCAGAUCCACCUCCCUUUCCUGUGCCUCUUCCAGCUUGAAGUCUUGGUUACACUUGAAACCAGUUUGUCAGAGCUGCUGGGAAACUGAUUUCUAUUAAUCCUUCCAACAGAGAUUUUUAAUAAAUGUAUUAAAUG